AUGAAUAUGUAUAAAUGAGUUAGCUCUUAGGAGCCUUUGGUCUCUUAGGUUAGCGAGGAAAGCGUGAGGGAAGCGGGAACCGUGUUUGGGCCUGGGGAAAGCUUUUGCGCGACUGCCACUUGGCUGGUUCGUUGAUGAUAAUUCACGGUUGAAGCAUUGGAACUAAAUAAAGUUAGAAAUGGUUGAUUGCAACUCAUGAUUUUGCAAUUUUCUCUCAAGACGUAGAACAUGAACUAAGGACGAAACGUAAGAUGUUGAAAUUCUUUAACUUGCUAAGUUAUUCGCCUGCUAGGGAAAAGGAAGAUGAUUUGUGAAUGAUAUCUAAAGUGAGUUCGACCACAGAAACAUAAAUCGAUCCUUCAUUCGCUUGGGGAGUUUUUUAUUUGGUGAAGAGAGGUAAAGAUAUCUAGAGUUUUAUUUAUUUUCUUUCUGCGGGUAACUGUUUGUUGCGAAUAAAAAAAAACUUCUAGUCCAAAAAAAAUCCCAAAUGAUUUAUCUUAAAUUUUCAUAAUGUAUUUCAGUUUCCCAUAGGUUCUUGUGGCUGCUGUAAUUGACAUUGCGUUAGGAUUUGGUACAGCACUGUUCAUAUAGUGUGACAUAGUGUGUGUCAGAAACAAGGUUUGUCAAAUAUAACUCACAUCAUUUUAAGAGUCUUGAUAUUUGCAGCCUUGUUCUUUUAAUUUUGUUAUUAUUUUAAUUUAGAGCUGAAACAGUAGUGGUUUAGUAAAGUUUUAGUGGUGUUAGGGGCCCUUGCCUCGAUCUCGUUGCUUCGGUACACGGUUACCACGCAAGAGAAACGUUCAUAGUUAUAGUAAACUGUGUUCAAAAGAAUUCUUAAAACAAUGAUUAUUAGAAGACAGACAGUAUUUUUUCUUUUGUUCAGGCAGCGUUUUAGACAUUUUUUACCAAAUGGGGUCAUCCUCCCCAUUGGGAAAAGCUGAGGUAGGUACUUUAACUUGAUCAUCAAAACUAAUAAAAAAUUGUGCAACUCUGAUUUGUAUGAUGUUUUAAAUAUACCAAGAUUAUUCCAGCAAGUAGAGUUCAGAUCUUUAAAUUCUCUAAACUUUUUAUAUUGUCCUUCAGUUGGAUUUGAAAUGACAAAAAUAUUUCCAGUAAGGCCUUUAGCUACUUCAAAAUUUCCAACCUUUGGCUGAUACAAAGCAUCAUUAAUCCCUGAUGAUGCUGGGAAUUGCCAAAAGCUUUGACACCAAUUUUUUAUUUUUACAGUAGAGCCUCACUAGAAACUAUUAUAUCAUUUUGAUUCUCUGUUUCCAGGAUCAAGAUACAUAGGACAAUGAAGCUCUUGAAGUGAAGGCAGACAACAAGGUUAUUUAUUUACUUACUGUACUCUACAACUCUUUUUCAGUCAACUCUGUUUCUUGCAAGGACUGUCAAUUCUAUUAUUGAAUCAAAAGAUGACUGCCAGCCAAGCAUGAAAAAAGGGACUUGUGAUGGAAGUUUCCAAAUCAGAUAAUUUCUUGGAACAGGUUGACAAGAGAGUUACACUAAUGGCUGCUUUGUCGAGUAAGGUAAAUGCUUUAGCCUCUUCAUAUGGCUUCCAAGCCAUAUGAAGUGGAAGCAAUGUGUAGAUGACCCAGCUUUUAUUUUCUGUUAUUUUUUAAGAAUUUUACAUGAUAUCAAGACCAUAUCCCCUUCACCCCUUUGCCAGGGUUCAAAACUAGUUUCAUAAGAUGGGUUCCAAGAGAUUGAAUAUUAUUUUUUCCAGUCUCUGAAAUUGAAAUAUAUGAGGUUUCAAUUAAAAAAGGGUUUUUUUGCUGAAAAUGUAUUCCUACUUGUGAGUAAUAACUGGUAGAGUCCAGGGUCUAGAUUGCAAUAGACAUGGGCACUAGUGUAACUUAAAUUUUCUCGCUGGUGAAUAGAAUUUCUUGUUUUGUCUCCACACCAUGAGUGGGAACAUAUCGUACUCUUACUUUUUGAGUCCCAAGGAAGAGCCAGACCUCAGAGUUUUGAAUUUUUGUAGUUAGAGGCUGUACAAACCCUUACUUCAAGGAACUCAUUGGUGAACAACAAAAUCAAAGGUCACGUACUAUGACCCAAUGUGAUGAUUACAAUCAACACCUGUAUAUAUAAGAGGCUGUGAAUAUUCCUACAGAUUUCUCCUGUGAGCCAAAAAGUUCGGGGGAUGGGGGGGGGAGAGAGAAAGAGAGGUUUCCACCCAAGGCUUGAAGACUCUCUUCUUUGUUAGACACCAUUAAUAGCUUUGUUUUUCCUUGCCAAACUCAACAUUUUCUACUGGCAAAACCUGAUAAGCAUCAUUUUAGAUUUUUAAUAGCCACUGACUGUAAAUAUAGGGAAUCCAUUUGCAAUGGCAAAAUUUUGUCAUUCAUUUUAUUUUUCUGAAAGGACCCAUUUGAUGAACCUUUUUAUAAAAAUAAAAAAAGUCAAACUACACCUAGAAAGCCAUUCCCUCUCCCAGAAUAAUGUAUUGCCAACUGUUGGACAACUUUUACAGAAAUGAUCAUGGCCAAUCCUUCAGCUUGGCCAGGAACUCAUUUCAACCUGGAUGCACUGCUUUUGCUGGGCAAAGAGAAAAAAAUUUAAGGAAUAAAACUUAAAGGAUAAAGCUUAAAGUUGAUGGAUAUUAUGAUCUGUAAAUAAUUAUAUAUAUCUGACCUUGUUAUAGGCCCUUUUCCUAGGGUCUUAUAGACAAAUUAAAUGAAUGACAAAAUUCUUACAACUGUGGAUGGAUUCUUCAUAUUUAGGGUCAUCAGCUUUUUAUCACUUAUUUUAUUGAAGAAAUUGGGUUACUUGUUCCCUUUUGAUUUGUUUGGCAAUUUUGAAAGUUCUCAAAGGUUACCAAAUCUAACUUAAUCAUUUCUCUUUACAGAUUCUACAGGACACAAAAUCUCUCAUCAGGCAUUCCUACCGAGAGACACUAAACCAUGCCAACAAUGAGGAAUGUAAAUUAUUUCUGAAAUAUCUUGGAGAUCAUAAAGUGUUAGACACUCUAAAAACAAACUGGCUUCCAGAUGUUAUUACUUGAUUUUACUAUUGUCAUUAAUAUUAUUAUUGUUUUAGGUUGUAACUUUGAAACAGAUAAUGUUGCAUUUGCUGUAAACUUUAAGGCACUACAGAGUUUCAUCCUCUAUGAAGGUAAAAUGUUCCCUCUUUUUAGCUGCUUUUUGUCAAAUUUUUUAACAUUAGUUUUUUCUACUCUUUUUCAUCUUUAAUACCUGUUCUGAGGGAUAUUCUUUCAGUUACCUUUGGUUUGCAGUCAGCUGAUGAGAUAAUGAUGGCAGACCUAGUGUCCAGCAACACAUUAUUAACAUCCACUACAUGUCAGUGUACUUACCCCUUUACAUUGUACUUUCUUGAAAAAUAAACAGUGUUUAGAUUGUUUGUAAUAGAGACUUUAAGCAAACCACCAUGGCAACAGCAACAAAAGCAUGGCCAGACAAAGGAUUCAGUGGGCACACAAAUAGCUCAGUAUGUACAUUUUAAUAUUUUAUUGAUUUUUUAUCUAUUCUCUGAAACAAAACAACAUACAUCACUAAAAUUUGCAUGGGAUAAGAACAGAACUUCUGAUGGCAAAUUAUUUACCUCACAUUGUUUAGAACUAAACCCUGCUCACUUUUGUUAUGGCAAAGAUGAUGUCUUGCUCUGUUAGAGAGGGUAAUCACAUCCACCAUCCAUUUAGUGGACAUUUUUGUCAGCUUGCCAUCCUGACUGCUUAAGAUCCCUAAUGAUUUCUGUGGAUUAACUCUCUUGUGUUUACAAAUUACUUCUAAGCACAAUCAUCCUCUCUUCCUGGUAAACUCCCCUUUUUCAAAUUCUUGCUGGACAUAAUAACUGUUCACUCUCCACUUAGCUGGCUUUUUAUCUAAUCAACAUUAGUUGAAGACUGAAGAACACAUCCUUUUGAAUUUAAUUUUUUAAAAAACCUUUUUUUAUUUUGUUUUUAUUUGUGGGAAUUUAAGAAGCCAGUUUUACAUUAGUUUUGAAAGACCAAAUAUAUAUUUCACACUCAGGCAACCCACAAUUUAUACUCUCUUAGUUGGGAAGAAAAUUUGUAAGGCACCUCUGAUAUUAUAUAUUUGUGCUGUGAAGUCCUCACCACAAAGUAAUGUGUAUUUUUUAUAAAGAAAAAAUCCACUCUGAUUUAUAUUUCAGAUUAGUUUUUUCUUUCCGAUUGUCAAGUUUUCUUAUUGUUACAAUGAUCUUCAUGUAAAGCCAGAUUAAUUUCUAAUACCUGGGUGGGAUGUUGAUGUUUUUAACUAAUUUAUGAUACAGACUUCUUUUGUUGUGUCUGUGAAGGGUUGCUUCUCUUAUCCUUUUGGUACUGUUUUCGUGACUGGUUUCACAAAUCUGGGAUUCUUUGUAAAUAUUUUAACAAGUUUGAAGUUUAUUUUAUUGGAAAAUGCUGUUUUUUUAUAAUUUGUAAAUUGAGAAACAUAAUUUCCUUAUCAAGUCUACAGCAUUCCAAUUGAUAGUAUGGUUACAGCAUCAAAAGCAGAGAUGAUAAACUUAACUAGUAAAGGUGGUUUUUGAAAUUAGCUUUUAUGAGGUGCAAAACAGAGCAACAAGAUUUUAAUUGCACUUCCUUGUAAGAAUUGUGAGUUUUCACCCCAUUGUCUCUUCUCAUGUUAUUAGCUAGAAGUUGUUCAGAUUGUGUUUAAUUAGUUUUUUCCAUCCCUAAGAUGACAAUAUAAAUUAUCUGCACUGUUUGUUAUACAUUUAUUGGAAUUUUAGCUUUCAGAAUUUAGUGUUAGAUCAAGCAAAUACCCACAGAUGUUAACUAUUAUUUUUCUCAUCACCUUUCUGCUUAAUAAUGCAUUGUAUUGUAAGUAGAAACAACUUAUUGAACACCUCUGGGAGUGAAAAGAUUUUUAUUAUGGAGGGGGGGGAGGUUAACCUAAAUAUAUAAUUUCUUGUUUUUAUGUAGAUGCAGUCAUUAUGUCGCUGUAACAUGCAUUCAAAUGAGAUUAAAAGAUUAGUUUCAUUAAAAUGCUUGGAUGCACAGGAAUUGUAAUUACUUGGUGUUUUAGACCAGGAUUGUACAGAUUUUUUAAUUCUUCCUUAUUAAGUGUUGAAAAGAAAUGAUAUAUAGACCUGAAAAUAUUACAGGAAAUAAAGGGGAAAAAAAUGGGGGA